AAAUAUACUCAUAUUGUGGGCUUACUUUCGAUUUUCUUGGUACCUGCAAUAACAUUCCUCAUAAUUCUACCCGGUGUGCGCAAGCAUCGCCUUUCAUCCACAUUUUCCUUUUUAUUCAAUAUGUACGUUGGAGCAACAUUGUUAGUAUCCCUGCAUCAUCCGUGCUGGCACCGUGCGGAAACGCCCAUAUCCACUUCCUAUAAGGCGUUUUCAAAUGCUAAGAUGGACGCAUACAUACUAGUACGCGUUGGACUACAGUACCUGAACAUCUCGUUGAGCAACGAUAAUGUGGUGUUGCACGAGGGUAUACUCUACAACGAACGAUUUAGCUUCUCAGAAGUAAAUAAAAUGGAGAAGGAGUUAUCAAAUGCACUGAGUAAGGGGCUGCCCUUUCCUAUACUGAAGGUAAUCGAAUAUCUUUCCGACGACGUCUUCAGUUGGGGUAGACAAUACAGAGUUGCUGGGUACUACACCGCAUCACAAAACUGUAACUUUAAUGCCAGUGCGUCACCUCUGCUUGGGACUCGCAGUGAUCUAACCAUCUAUACGUCUUUUUGCUCUCGCAUAAUGAUGGCACCGAAACUCACCGCGCAAUGCUGA